UCCCUCCCGCAUGGGCUCCUCGUCCCAGGGUCCUCCACCCCGGCUCUCCUCGCCCCGCGUUCUCCCCCACUCCAACCCCUCCCCCCAACUACCCGGCCUCGGGCUUCCCGACCCUGGGCUCCCCCUCCCGGGCGCGCGGGGGCGGCUGCAGCCCAGGCGCACGGUGAAUGCAGCGAGCAAACAAAAAAGCGGGCGAUUUAAACGUGCCUUCGAAACCCGUUAGGAAUGCGUCGUCACCCGGAGACCGUUUACAAGCUGCUUUGGCUGGCUUUCUAGUAACGAGGAGACAGGCGCCCCACCUCGCCCACCUGGGGCGAGGGUCUGCAGCCCUCCGUUUACUCUGUUCAAGAGGGAACACUUUAGGGGCUUCUUUCCCAAAGGUUCUUAGGUGUACUAUUUUUGUGUUUCAGGAAACCCACUGUGAAAGCCUUGCUUUUUAGUUACUGGUAGCCCAAGGCUGUUAUCUUUCAAAGCUGAUGAACUAGUUUUAAGGUACAAGGAAAUUAUUUCCUUGAAAGCUGGUUUAGUAGUGGUGGACCAUCACUGGUUAGCGAUUACUAUAGUAAAUUGUAUUUUGAUCAAUCACAGCUAAUCAAGAUUUAAUCACUUAUAGGUAGAUAAAGGAAGAGUUCAUUAUAACCAUGUUUACACUGAUUUAACAUUUUAAAGACAAUAGUAGUGGAAUGGGCAACACAUGUUGGAGAGACACAGAGGAUGUUUUGUGGGUGACACUUUCUGACAAAUAUCUGCAACCCAGAAUUUUAUUGCUCUUAUUCCAAAUAUUUCGGUCUCAUUUAAUGUCACUUUUAAGUCAGAUGAGUUUCCUGAUUGGUAUUUUGCUUUUCUUUAAGUUUGUGUAUUUUUAUGUUUGUAUAGGACUCGGCAUUUUCAGGUCUGUAACUGAUACAGUUUACAGCUAAGUGUUUUGUUUCCCCAUAUCUCCCUUUAUUUUUAAGUUUAUUUAGUGUGUACAUGCGCACGUGUGAGAGAGAGAGGGAGAGAACGAACCCCAAGCAGCCUCCGUGCUGGCAUCACUGAGACCAAAGUGGGCCUGGAACCCAUGAACCGCUAGAUAAUGACCUGAGAAGAAACCAAGAGUCAGACUGUUAACUGGUCUGAACCACCCAGGGGCCCCUUCCCCCACCCCCCUCUGUUUUUUUUAUACAGCCAGACAUAAAGGGAGUUUCCUGAUAUGCAGUAGAACUUGAACUUGAUUCUAUCUUACAAUGGCUGCCUGCUGUUUCCCGGGGAGAUCAUGAAACGAGGUCGCCUUCCCAGCAGCAGUGAGGAUUCUGACGACAAUGGCAGCCUCUCAACUACUUGGUCACAGAAUUCCCGAUCUCAGCACAGGAGAGGUUCGUGCUCCAGACAUGAAGAUCGAAAACCUUCAGAGGUGUUUAGGACAGACCUGAUCACCGCCAUGAAGUUGCAUGACUCCUAUCAGCUGAACCCAGAUGAGUACUAUGUGUUGGCAGAUCCCUGGAGACAGGAGUGGGAGAAAGGAGUCCAGGUGCCCGUGAGCCCUGGGACCAUCCCUCAGCCUGUGGCCAGGGUCGUGUCUGAAGAGAAAUCCCUCAUGUUCAUCAGGCCCAAGAAAUACAUUGUCUCACCGGGCUCCGAGCCUCCAGAGUUGGGCUAUGUUGAUAUCCGGACGCUGGCUGACAGUGUGUGUCGUUACGACCUCAACGACAUGGAUGCUGCAUGGCUGGAACUGACCAAUGAGGAAUUUAAGGAGAUGGGAAUGCCUGAGUUAGAUGAAUACACCAUGGAGAGGGUCCUGGAGGAAUUUGAACAGCGAUGCUAUGACAAUAUGAAUCAUGCCAUAGAGACCGAAGAAGGCCUGGGGAUUGAAUAUGAUGAAGAUGUUGUCUGUGAUGUCUGCCAGUCACCUGAUGGUGAGGACGGCAAUGAGAUGGUGUUCUGUGACAAAUGCAACAUCUGUGUGCACCAGGCCUGUUAUGGAAUCCUCAAGGUCCCAGAGGGUAGUUGGCUAUGCCGGACAUGUGCCCUAGGGGUUCAGCCAAAGUGUUUGCUGUGUCCCAAGAAAGGCGGAGCUAUGAAGCCUACCCGCAGUGGCACCAAAUGGGUCCAUGUCAGCUGUGCUCUGUGGAUCCCUGAGGUGAGCAUUGGCAGCCCCGAGAAGAUGGAACCCAUCACGAAGGUGUCUCACAUCCCCAGCAGUCGGUGGGCGCUGGUGUGUAGCCUCUGCAAUGAGAAGUUUGGGGCCUCCAUACAGUGCUCUGUGAAGAACUGCCGCACAGCCUUUCACGUGACCUGUGCUUUCGACCGGGGCCUGGAGAUGAAGACCAUCUUGGCGGAGAACGAUGAAGUCAAGUUCAAGUCCUACUGCCCGAAGCACAGCUCACAUAGAAAACCCGAGGAGAGCCUCGGUGAGGGGGCCACUCAGGAGAAUGGGGCCUCUGAGUGUUCCCCUCGGAAUCCGCUGGAGCCUUUUGCCAGCCUUGAGCAGAAUCAAGAAGAGGCCCACCGGGUGAGUGUCCGUAAGCAGAAGCUGCAGCAGCUGGAAGAUGAGUUCUACACCUUCGUCAACCUGCUGGAUGUUGCCAGGGCCCUGCGGCUGCCUGAGGAAGUAGUGGAUUUCCUGUACCAGUACUGGAAGUUGAAGAGGAAGGUCAACUUCAACAAGCCCUUGAUCACUCCAAAGAAAGACGAAGAGGACAAUCUAGCGAAGAGGGAGCAGGAUGUCUUGUUUAGGAGGCUGCAGCUGUUCACUCAUCUGCGGCAGGACCUGGAGAGGGUUCGGAACCUCACUUACAUGGUGACCCGCAGGGAAAAGAUUAAGCGAUCUGUGUGCAAAGUCCAGGAACAGAUAUUCAAUCUUUACACUAAGCUCUUGGAGCAAGAAAGAGUUUCAGGUGUGCCUUCAUCUUCCUGUUCCUCGUCCUCACUGGAAAACAUGCUUUUGUUCAACAGUCCUUCUGUGGGCCCUGAUGCUCCCAAGAUAGAGGACUUGAAGUGGCAUUCUGCAUUCUUCAGGAAGCAAAUGGGUACUUCCUUGGUUCAUUCGCUGAAAAAGUCCCAUAAGCGAGAUCCAUUGCAGAACAGCACUGGGAGUGGAGGCAAAGCCCUGCUGAAGCAGCCAGACCUGUGUGGUAGAAGGGAGGGGAUGGUGGUCCCAGAGAGCUUUUUGAGUUUUGAAAAGACCUUUGCAGAAGCGCGUCUCCUGUCAGCACAACAGAAAAAUGGUGUGGUGGUGCCCGACCACGGGGACAGAAGAGACCAUCGUUUCCAUUGUGAUCUCAGUAAGGGAGACUUAAAGGACAGACCUUGUAAACAGAGUCACAAGCCUCUCAGGUCCACAGACAUGUCCCAGAGGCAUCUGGACAGCACACGAGCUACCACCUCCCCUGGAGGGGGGCAGUCAGCACCCGGCACAAGGAAGGAGAUAGUGCCCAAGUGCAACGGCUCCCUAAUCAGAGUAAACUAUAACCAGACUGCAGUCAAAGUGCCUACAACGCCUGCCAGCCCGGUGAAGAACUGGGGAGGAUUCCGGAUUCCAAAGAAGGGGGAACGGCAGCAGCAGGGAGAGGCCCAAGAGGGGGCCUGCCACCAGCACUCAGACUACCCCUAUCUGGGCCUAGGCAGAGUUCCAGCUAAGGAAAGGGCCAAAAACAAAUUAAAAUCUGACAAUGAGAAUGACGGGUAUGUCCCUGAUGUAGAGAUGAGUGACUCAGAGAGUGAGGCAUCAGAGAAGAAAUGUAUACACGCCAGCAGCACCAUCAACAGGAGGACAGACAUUAUCAGGAGAAGCAUCUUGGCCUCUUGAUGAAACAGAUGGUGUGGGAGCACCGCGGGCUUGUCACGGAGUUGCUAGACGGGAGCUCUGACGCGGGGGACACGCAGAAACCCAUCACUCCUGAGCUACACAAACACAUUUACUUGCAAGUCAGAUUGAAUUUUUUUUUUCAGAGUCAUUUAUAAAUCAUUGUUGUGAGAAGUGUGUUAUCUGCAACUUGUUGAGGAAACACAAGAGUAGAUUGUAAGACACCGCUAAGACUAGAGGCUGAAUUAAACACUAAAAUAAGAAUGAAUGAAAUAAGUCUUUAAAGAGGGCAAGGCUCACAGAAGCCUCCUGAGUUCUUACUGCCCUCUGUAUCCUUCCCAAAGCACAAACUCUUGGUUACCUGAAUAUGCGGAAUCAGAUGCAGUUCUUGAGAAACCCUCACGUACCAUUUAUUAGCCCAUAAAACUUACUUUCUAGGACUGUGGUAGAACUUGAAAUCCUGUUUAUACUUUGGCCCACAAGGCUGUUUUUGUUGCAUUCUAGUUCUAGGCAGCAGCUCUGAAGCUUCAGUAACUCUAGGGAAUUCAAGUGUAAAUUAUAAUUGCGGAUGGGAAAGAGAGAAUUUUAACAAAGGUUGUUACUUGCAAAUCUGAAGGGACAGGGUAGAGCUGCUGCAGCUUGGAGAGCUGGGGUAAAUGUAGCUAGGUCCUAUUGCCUGAAGCACUUGAAUGCAUUGUGGGAAUGGGACUGGUGGAGAGUGAAGCCGUUAGAAAGUUCUAUCUGUGAGAAAGGGCAGCUGGUUCCAUGUUUUCAGUACCUUUGACCUUCCUCUUCCCUAACCACUGCCUUCUGGGCCAGCUUGGGAUUUCCCUGGCCUUUGGCGAUACCUGGCCGUCUGGCUUCCAACAAUACUAAUGGCUAUUCAAGUUUAAGUGAUGAACUUCCAGACUCUGGUGACAUAACUGCCCAGAGCCAACCACUAGUGCGUAUGUUGGGGAAUCUGGGCUUCCAACCUGAACGGAUUCCUUAAGGAAAAGGAAAAGAAAAAAAAAAAAAAAAGGAAAAAGAAAAAAAAAGGAAAAAAAAAACCAAAAUAAGUUAUAUUUUAAAAACAAUAGAAAGGCAAUAAGUUGCGAUAACCUCUUACCAUUGACCAAGGUUAUACGGGAAAGAGAUUGAAGUGUAAUAGGUUUCCUGGAGUCAGAGUUCUAAGCUCCAAUUCGUAACUUGGACUUUCUAAUUGCAAAUGGCAAUAACUAGUAAGUUAUCAGCAAUAAUGAAUUUAGCAUUAAAUUUGAGUACAAUGUUCUGUUUUUGCACUCACUGCAGUGCGUAUGUAUUAAGACAGUGGAUAGUGUUAAGGUCCUGUUAAUUUUCUUUGGAAUUCAAUGUAGUUGUGAAUCAAACUUAAGAGAAGGAAAGUUUAAAUAGCAAUGAGAUUUAGAAUUAUGGGCACUUGGAACAAGCCCAACUUCCCCUAAAUUAUUCUUAGUUUGUUAAUAUCAGUAUUCAGAUUCCUGAUUCAUUUAUACAUCUGUUUCCAUGUGGCAGGGACAUUCUGAUACUUAAUGAGUGAUGCUUUGAGUUCUGUAGUUACCUUUCAAGUCUUCCAGGUGAUUGUCAACAGCAAAAAAGGCUUAUUGAAUUCCAUCUUGCUAUGCAAGUUUUAUCGGAUGAUCAAAUAGUAGAUCUGAUGCAUCCCCAUUGUAUGUAUGACAUUUUCAAACCAAGUCUUAACUUUUCAGAUACAUUUUAGUAGCUAAUUCAGGGGAGGGGAAAGAAUGACCCAGGUUUUUAGAUUGACUAUUUUUGAGCUACAGGGCUCAUUUUGAAAGACUGCUCUCCAGAUAAGCUGUUGCUACAGAUAUUAGGAGUUUCCUAAUGGAUCCAAGCUGUACAUUCACUAGUAAUUUAAAAAUCAGAUUUUUUUGCAUAUGAGCAGAAACCUUUUUGCUGGAUAUGGAAGAAGGUGGACACUUUUCAGUUAACCUUUUGACCACAGCAACAGCUCUGGGUGAGAGUAGAAUAUAUAGAGGGGUAAUUUGUCAAGCCAUAGAAAGAAAAUCUAAAUUUUAGUAAGUAUAUGACCUCUCACCAUUUUAAGAGGUACCAGAUUCAUUUGCACUAUUUAGGAAUGCUAGUUUUGUGCAAAAAUAAUGCCUUACCUGUUUUUUCCCCACAUUUAGGUUGAAAAGCUUUCAAAGUUCCAAGUUAUGCUGAACCAAAAAAAAACCAAAACAAAAAAUAAAGAAAAACCCACACAAAAACAAAACACAAAAAAUAAAAAGCCCACACUUUUUAUUCCUGCUUUGAAAUGCAAAUGGUAUAGAGCACGGUUUCUCUGACAGUGUAAUGAUAGCUUUGUAAGUUAGUUCAUGUCCUGCUGGGAACUCUGUAUGAGGCAGCCAUAGCAGCAGCCCACACACCCACCCACCCACUUGCACUCUAUUAGUGUGGAACCAUUUGCUCUUUUCUUUUCAGCUUUAUCUUUCCUUGUGCAUCCUGACCAAGAAAUAUCUUUGAUUAUGAUCAAUGUAUUAUGUCAAAAUGUAGGCUAGUUAAACUUUUGUAAAGUUGCCUGGAAUGUCAUUUGUUAGGUUAUAAACACAAAAUCGAAAUGAAGGGUUCUAUGUGUUGUGUACAAAUCUUAAUUAUUUUGAAAUGGACGAACUUGUCAUUACAUUUGUAACCUUGUACAGAGGAUUUUUCACUAUGUGCCUAGCUUGGUGUCCAUUCAGCUAAAAUUGGAAAAAAAAAGGUGCAUGAAGAGUUAAAAAUCAGAAAUUAAACAAAGUAUAUGUAGAGAUGACUAUUUUAUAUUACAUGGCCCAAUCCUGUAUUUAUUUCUACCCCCUUUUUGAAAGUAUUUAUAAAACUAGUUGAGGACAGCUGUAUUUUUUUGUUGAACUAUUUAGUAGAAUUUGUGCCUUUUUGUCUGUAUGUGAAUAAAUGCUGUACAUUUUGCAAUACAUU